AUGAACCAGGCUUCUGUAACCUCUACCAUUUAUCCCUUCAACUUCGAACAUUCUUUGCCUUCAGUUUCCAAGGCCACUAAACUGACCGAGGUAACUCCAGCUAAGAAGAUAACCUUCUUCAAAAGUGGUGACCCACAGUUCUCUGGAGUAAAAAUGGCCAUAAACAAAAGGACAUUCAAGACCUUUGAUGCCCUCUUGGAUGAUCUCACCAAGAAGGUAUCACUUCCAUUUGGUGUGCGUACGGUGACAACCCCUCAUGGCGUUCACAACAUCAACUCUUUGGAGCAGUUGGAAGAUGGAGGCACAUACCUAUGUUCUGAUAGAAGACACAUCAAACCAAUCCAUGUGAAUGCAUCAGGAAGAAAGUCAAUUGCACGACAGAGCAAUAACCCAACUAGUGAGCAUCAAUAUAUUGCACAGAGGGCAAGACAGGAAGAACAACAGAUGCAUCGUGUUCAAACAGCACAUAAAAAGAUAACACUUAUUAAAAAUGGGAAUGUUGGCAUCCAUUAUUCAAUUGUUCUGAACAAAAGAAAUUUACAUAACUUCAAAAUUUUCCUGGAAGAAAUUUCUGAACUCAUGCAGUAUAAUGUGACCAAACUUUACACAAUGGAUGGAAGGAGUGUUGGCACAUUGCAGGGUCUUCUUCAAAGCCCUAAUGUGCUGGUGUGUGUUGGACAUGAAGCGUUCAAACCAAUUGUUUAUGAUGAUAUCAAAAGAUCAGCAGAAAAAUGGCCAGGUCUGUCAAGGAGAUCACAGACCAACAGCAAUAAUGAUUCAGCUGAUACCAAGAUAAACGAUAACUUUGGACUAGAAACCAAGAAAAGUAUAAUUCAUCCCAGAUCACCAUCUCAUUCAUCCAGAUACUCAUUAUCAUCUGAAAAAUUCUAUCACAACGCCUUGAACCUGUCGUCAGGUAACAAUGGCCAUGCUUCAUUUAUGGACUCACAGCCACGUGAGAAUAACCCCAAGCUUACGGAUUCUAUGAUAGAUGAUAACAUUGAGAAAAGAGUCCACAUGAACAAGGACGGCAGCCUUUCUGUGGAGAUGAAAGUUCGAUUUCGUUUGCUUAAUCGUGAAACCCUUCAGUGGUCCACGCAGAUCAGAAGAUCCAGUCUGGCAGGAAAAAACAUGAAUGAACGUUUGUGUUCAGUGGAAGAUUGUGCCACAGAAGAGACGGAUCAAAAGAACUGCUGUGAUCAAUCGUUUUAUCCAUGCCAGAGGGAUGACAUCUAUGUUUCAAACCAUAAUCGCGCAGAGCCUGAAGAACACCACUGUGAGAGCUGCUGCUACUGUUGUCAGGGGUACGAUAUUUGGAAAAAUCCAUCAUAUUCUGAGAAUAUUACUGAAGUGAACUCCAGAAAUGGCAGAUAUACUCAUUCCACUUAUUCAAGUGGAUCAUCAGGUCGACAUGUUGCGUAUAAAAGGGAAUCUGUAGAAAGCGUGCAAACAAUGUCAAGUGAGGAACAUACACAUUUUGUACAGCGGAUAGAAAGGCAUUCAGAGACUUUUGAAAAUGGAGAUGAGGGAGGAGAAUAUUGCUCUCUGAGUCACUGUAGUAGCCACACUGGUGGCUAUACACCUACUUCUAAAAGUGUAGGACAUCAUGAGAGUAGAGCAGCUGUUUCUAGGAGUCAAAGUGCAGCUGGUUACACCUCGUAUUGUUCUACAAACAACAGUUACCAAAAUUUAUGUGAUGAAGACACCUCCUGUGUCUCAGCAUGCAACUCCGUUUGUUCUUCAAAGGGAAGAACUGCAGUCAAAUUAACAGAGUCAGCAGAAAAUGGCAAGCUGGCAGCUUCAUUCACCGGUUCGGCAGAAGCCCCAGUUAAUUUAAAAGAUGCUGACAUUAAAGAAGGUGAUGAUAAACAAGAAAAUAACAGUUCUGAAUUAUUUCAUUGUGCAAAAUGCAAGAAAAAAAUUAAACAGGAGGACAAUUCAGAAGCAAAGUCUCAAAAUGCAUCUUCGAAUGGGUCAAAAUGUUCAAUUAAAGACUACAAAGAAUCAGUUGCAUCGAACUAUGAACACUCAAGCACCAAGUCCAGCAGCCCCACCCAAUUCAAUGGUAAAGUAAAUGGAACAAUUAAUAUUGGAGAUACAGAAGGAGGCAAAGCAGUUUCAGUCGUAUCCAGUUGCUCCAUUCACAGUGAUAACAUUUCAGAUAGGGAAAUAAAUGAGGACAAUAGGCCAGCAAGUGACAUUUCAUCAUCUUCAGCAAAAUCCAAACCAGGCAGCCACAGUGAGACAGAUCUAAAUGAAUUGGAAAGCCAUUCCACUCCUAAAGUCCACAGCAUUAAUUAUGACUCUCAUGAAAGACCAGUAAGCAACAGAACUUGCUCAUCUUCCAAAAAUAAACAGCUAACAAAUAUGGAUGCAGAAGAUGAUCCGAUUUCUUGUAGUUUAACUGCAUCACUUGGAUCAUUAACUGAUGGUAAAGACAAUAGCGUUUCAUGUUCAGAAGGCUUAAGUGGAAAAAGUACAACUUUCACUCAUUCUGCAUCAGGAAGCAAACGUGCAAAACGUAUUGUGAUAAAUUCUGAUGACAAACAUCAAAGAUCCUCCGAAUUGUUAGAUGACAGCCUUUCUGACAGCAGAAGUAAAGCAGAAAAGGCUGCCCCAGAGGAUGAUGGGAGUUCAUCCUUAUGUGUAUGUGACCAUCCAAAACCAAAUUUAAAAGCUGUUGAAGAUGGGAAAAUGAAUAAUGAGGAUAAAACACUCCCUUCUACACCAGAUUUCCAAGUAGAAUCCAAUAUACGAAUGGAGCAAGAGAGAAGUAAAUCAGCCAGCAGCAUUUGUUCUGGUAAUUCCAAGGCAUCUGGUAUUAAAGCUGCAGAAGAAAGCCAGGAACUACAGCAAGAACCGGAACAAAAAAGUAUUUCAAAAUUUCCAACUGGUUCGACGGUAGAAGUUUUGUGUUGUGAGGCAAAUGAAGAAGCAGCAACUAAAAUACACACAGGUGCAGAGAACGCUUCAGUUCAGAGUGUGCCUCGGUCUUCAGAAUCAAAGGGAAUGGCUUGUGGUAAAAGCACCCCGCAUUCAUUGACAGAACCAAGUCAGAAGUCCAAAAGGAGCUUGACUCCCGAUAAAUUAACAAAUAAAACAGGUUCUGCAUCCAGGCCAUCCACAUCAGGAGCUGGAUCGAUUAUAACCGAAGGGAGUGCCAGUGAAAACCUGCAGAAAGAAAAGAGCAUUAGAAGUGACCAUGACAGGAAGAGUGAAAAAGGCAGUGGUGAGCAAAAAUAUAAGCAUAAUAAUAACACUGAGAAAAAUAAAAAUAAAAAAUCUACUCAUGCUGUUAGAAAUUCAUGUGGAAAGAAUGAUCCUAUACCUGGUGUACUGCCGAGCCCAUCUCUUGAAGAGGUUGUUCACGAAUGGCUGAAAAAUAUUCCUUCAGAAAACAUGCUCUUAAAAUAUGAUAGCUCCAAGGAGUUUCAAGAUAAGUGUGAAAGAUCAGCUACAUGUGUGACAGGAGGAGAACAAGCUGAAGAGACCACAGGAACACUGGAAGAGAAAUCACAUGAAGAAUCUACUGUUAGCAAUUUUGAACUUAAAGAGGACAACAGUUCUGAGGUGUUAAGAUUGGAAUGCAGCAGUAAUCCAAAAACAGAAGAUAAAAUUUCAGUCCAACCUAAUGUCAAAGAUGUGGAUAUAUUGCAAUCUAAACCAGCUAGCUCUUGCUCUUCCAUUACUAAGCAGCCACAAGACAAUAUUUUAUCCAGUGGUGUGCAUUCCCCAGAUGAAGUUAUAAAGGGGUUUCUUUCUUUGAGACAGAGGGUAAAAUUAGAUAGGUCAAAUAGUCUGCCUGAUUUAAAUCCUGCACAUGAGAAAAAACUGAGCCAUUCAGCUAAAGCAUUAUUGAUGUGUCUUGUUGGCCUGCAGUUUUUUGACAAAGAUUCUUCAGAUUCUGCAAACAAGUUCAACAAUGUAGAUAGUUCUCCACAGAAAGAGCUUCUACACAUUCUGAAGUCACUCUGGUACACUGAUAUUACUAAGGAAGUUGAAGGAGAAGUCUCUCGAACUGCUGUAAAACAUUCAAAAACAUCUAAAGGCCAUAACUCAGCUGAUGAUAACAUAACACCUGUCUCUUCCUCUGGAGUGGAUGUCAAUAGUGGAUCUGGAGGUUCAGGAGAUAGUUGUGUCAGUGGAGCAAGGGAUGUCUCUCCAGUGGCAGAGAAGGAACAACACUUGAAAGUACAAAGCUGUGCAAGCAAGGCAGAUGACGCAUCAAAGCAAAAUAAACCUUGCUUAAUGACAAACUCAUUUGAAGAGGGCUUUGAGAUUUGUACUAAACCAAACAAGGAAAAGAAAGAAAACUCAAUAUCAUCCAUAGAUUCAGCAAUGACUAAUGCUUCCCAAAGGAAACCAAAGUUAAAACACCACAGGAAUGCAAAGAACAAGACAGAAGACGGUAAUGACAUUGAGAUUCGGUCUCCUUCAAGAAGCUCCAAAUUAUCACAGUCUGAUAUUGCACUGUCUAGUCCAGUUACUCCAGACAUAGCUUGCCGCGUCCAAUGGAAUAGUGUAGAGCAAAGUAGUGAUGAGGAUUUAGUUAGAAAUGUAGAAAACACAGCCACAGGCACACAGGACACAACCCAAAAUGCACAGGAACCACAUGUUCCGGGAGCGGAAGAAAUGAAGUUUUCUGUUAAGAACAGCUUUGACACAGAAGAAACAAUUCAUCAGAACAAAGCAGAAGACCACAAUGAGGCCAUUAGUGUAGCUAAUCUUGAAGGAAUGAAUAUUGCAGAGGAUAAAACAACAGAAAAUGUUGAUAGUACUGUUAAAAUAAAAGCAUCACAGGAAAUAAGAUCAGACCAUGCCGUGCAAGUAGUCAAAGAGGAGCAAAAGCUCAAAGCAAUAGAAAGGAAAUCAUCUGAUCCAGAUCCAGUCUGGUUGCUCAGACUACUGAAAAAAUUAGAAAAGCAGUUUAUUGCACAUUAUAUAGACGCAAUGAAUGACUUUAAGGUUAGGUGGAAUUUACAAGAUGAUCAAAGAUUAGAUCGCAUGAUUGAAGACUUAAGAGAAGAUGUCAGUCGAAGAAUCCAAGGAAGCAUUGACAGAGAGUUUAGAAAAGUCCAAGGUAGAGUGGGCAAGAAGAAGCCAGUGCCUCCUCAGGAACCACGGAGGUGUGAGUCAUCAGAGCAAACAGAACAAAGACGGAGACGGCUAAAAGCCAUGUACAAAAUGCAAACAUGUUCUCCGCAUUCUAAAGACUCUGACCACGAGCAGAGCACCAAUGAGAUUUCAUCUGUGGUAAGAGAUGAGGAUUUGAAUCUUCAUCCAACAGCAGGCAACAAAGUUAAUAUUCAAGGUCAAUGUCAAUCUUAUAAAUUCUGUACUUGUGAUACCUGCAAAGAAAAAUAUAAGGCCCCAAAGUCUGUAGCAAAUCCAACACAGAAAAAUACUUCCAUUUUCAAAAACUUUGAUCUGAAGGAAAUCCUUAUGAUGAAAAUGAAUAGCCCUAAUGAGCAAAUAACAAAACAAACUGUUACAGACAGAGCUGAUGAAUUGUUGAACCAAGAAAUUGAGAAAAAUGGUUGUAAUGAGGGAGAAACCUUAGAAGCUGUUCAAAAUAAUACAAACAAUGCAGAGGUGAAUGAGAAUCAAGAAAAUGCCAAUGUGAAUAAUACACUUGAAAAUCAAAAAUUAGAUACAAUAAUGGAUCAAAGAGAGGAAGUACCACCAAGCAGCAACCAUGAAUUAGGAGAGAAUUUGGAGGAUAUUGGUGAGAAGAUUAAACAAGUAGAUACAUGCAAUAAUGAUGAAGAAAAUAAAAGUGAAGGAGGAGAAUUACCAAAAGUAAUAUCAAUUGAUGGGCAAAAGAACAAUGAAGAUCAAGGAGAUGGGAUUUAUAAUAGUGAAAAUCUACAACAAUGUGACAAAGUGGAUCCCCAGUGUGAAGCUGAGGAUGCCGAGGAUGAAGCAGGUAACAAUGAGCACAAUAAUGAAGAAGCAAGUCCUAUUACUAAGAAAUGCAAUGGGCAAAAUGAAGAAGAUAGUUCAAUGCCCAAUAAUACAGAUCCAGACACAAGGAAUUAUCGUAGAUUGGAAGAACCAGAUUCUAAGAGUCAAUUGGAAGAAAACAACACAAGUGAGAUUGGGGAGAAAAAUGUUAGAAGGGAAGAGACUCAAAAUUUGGAUAUCAAUGCUUCAGAAUCCGCUGAUGAGCCUAUAAUAUCUGAUGUUGUGAAUGGACUAAAUGAAGGGGUGCAGGACAUGAAUGCAGAAUUAGUUGCAAAUGAGAGUCUCAUCAAUCGCCCACAGCUUUCUGGAAAGGAAACAUCAGAUGAUUGCACUAAUGUGCACACUGCUGAUAAUAUUCAAAGUAGUGCUAAAGAGGCUACAAGCAGCAGCUCAAAUAGUUCAGGAAACAAAACUACUCAGAUGUACCCAGAAAGUUCAUCAGAUGAAGACAGAGGAAGUCUAGGCACAAGUCCUGAAGUAUCUGAAGACGAGAAAGACACAAAGUGUAAUUCCGAUCCAGCUCCAGAUCAGUCAGUUUCCAUAAGGAACCAAACAAAGAAACCCAGUUGCAGUGAGUUAAAUGAGUUUGAUCUGGAUUUUUAA